CCUUUACUGAUUCCCAAUUCCAUCGCUCGCCGAUAAAAUCGGUGGGCGGCUUCUUUGACUUCGCUUCCCUCCUUCAUCGCUUCCUCCGCCGAUCUCCACCUACCGCCGGCCGAGGUGUUAAUCGCGAUCGCCGUCUCCUUCGUUGGACUGAGAGGAUUCUUCGAGGAGAAGAAAGAGUGCUCCCGAGCAGCGAGGAGUUGAAGGAUCGAUCACUGAUCCCGAAGUGAGCUGAAUCUCUGCUGCAUUUGCCCAAUGGCUUUUACAAAGGCAAUUAAUGGUGUUGAUUUAGCUGACUUGCAUCAACAUGGUAUAAAGUUCUGUUCCGGUUCUCGACUUGGAAAUUUCCACUGUGCAAGGAUAAGAAAGUUUGCUAGAGUGAUUAAAGCUGAAUCUCAAAUUACAAAUUCUAGACCAUCUGCUGUGAAACCACAGAUUGACUUUACUGAUCUUGAUUGGAAAAAGAAAUUCCAGGAGGAUUUUGAAAAACGAUUCAAUUUACCACAUUUGAGGGAUAUUCUUGACAUUAAGCCAAGGUCAACUACAUUCUCACUUAAAAGCAGGAUCCCUUUAGUUGAUGGCAAUGGGGCAGCAAGUGACAUAUGGAAUGGCUAUGUGAAUGAUGAUGACAGAGCACUACUCAAGGUUAUUAAGUUUGCUUCGCCUACUUCUGCUGGAGCAGAGUGCAUUGAUCCUGAUUGUAGCUGGGUAGAGCAAUGGGUGCAUCGAGCUGGUCCAAGAAAGAAUAUAUACUAUGAACCCGGGGAGGUAAAAGCUGCCAUUGUUACUUGUGGAGGUCUUUGUCCUGGUCUCAACGAUGUCAUUAGACAGAUAGUUCUUACACUUGAAAAAUAUGGGGUGAAAAAUAUUGUUGGAAUACCACAUGGUUAUCGAGGAUUUUCGGAUGAGAGAUUAUCUGAAGUACCGCUCUCUCGUAGAGUGGUUCAAAAUAUUAACCUUGCUGGUGGAAGCUUCCUAGGAGUAUCUCGAGGAGGGCCUAGCACUAGCGAAAUAGUUGAUAGCAUUCAGGCUAGGAGGAUUGAUAUGCUUUUCGUACUGGGUGGAGAUGGAACACAUGCAGGUGCACUUGCUAUACAUAAUGAGUGUCGCAAGAGAAAGCUGAAAGUUUCUGUUGUCGGUGUGCCUAAGACCAUUGACAAUGACAUAUUGUUAAUGGACAAAACUUUUGGUUUUGAUACUGCUGUAGAAGAAGCCCAGAGAGUGAUCAAUUCUGCCUAUGUUGAGGCUCGCAGUGCAUACCAUGGCAUUGGCCUGGUCAAAUUGAUGGGAAGAAGCAGCGGCUUUAUAGCCAUGCAUGCAUCACUUUCUAGUGGUCAGAUUGAUAUCUGUUUGAUUCCAGAGGUACCUUUCAAAUUAGAGGGUUCCAAUGGAGUCUUGCAACAUCUUGAGCAUCUCAUUAAAACAAAAGGAAAUGCUGUGAUCUGUGUUGCUGAAGGAGCAGGACAAGAAUACCUACAAAAGUCAAACACAACUGAUGCAUCAGGAAAUGUGGUGCUUAGCGAUAUUGGAGUUCACCUUCAACAGCAGAUCAAAAAUCAUUUCAAGAAUAUUGGUAUUCCAGCUGAUUUGAAGUACAUUGAUCCAACUUAUAUGAUCCGUGCCAUCCGUGCCAAUGCAUCGGAUGCAAUUCUUUGCACUGUACUAGGCCAGAAUGCGGUACACGGAGCAUUCGCUGGGUACAGUGGCAUUACAACUGGGAUAUGCAACACACACUUUGUCUAUUUCCCAAUUACUGAAGUCAUAGCAUCUACUAGGCAUGUCGACAAAAAUAGUAGGAUGUGGCACCGAUGCCUUACAUCAACUGGCCAACCUGAUUUCAAUUAAGGUAUAUUGACAGCACAAGUGCAUCAACUAUCAACACGGACGAGUUUGGUAUCUCAACUAGUUUUUGAUAAGUUUGACGAGAGGUAUUUCAUUCACUGAUUCACUGGUCUAAGGUGUAACAUUUUGUUACCUGCGAUGGUAUCUGAUAAAGUCAAAGUAAUCAUAUUGUUGUUGCUUGACAAAGUGUUUUUUGUUUUUUGGAGCAAAUAAGAGUGGGCACAGUGGCACUUAAGAACUGUCGCCCAAAUAUUGAUUUGUCGACAGCCAUAUAUGGCAUUUCUACUUGUAAAGAUACAAGACUGUUAAUGAGGAGUACAUGAGCUUAUAUUUUGUA